GCAACCUCUUUUCUUUGGAGUGCGCCUUUUCGAACGGCACGUCGGUUCGGCGCUCUGUUGCCAAGGCGGCAGUCAGCCUAGCCUUCCCCUUCGUGGUCAUGGCGCUGUUUUUCGUCAAGUGGACAUUCUCAUGGCUUAAGAAUCGCACCGCCAUGCCGAAGGACUACUUGGCCUGCCACCUCAGCAUUUCGACACUAUCCGUUCUGUACAUCUUCUAUGUGGACAUAACCGACAACGCAGCAAGGGUGUUCAACUGCACGCCCGUGGAUGUUGGCUACGAAGGACAAUCAUCUGGUGAGGGGAGCCCCGCGGAGAAGUACUGGGUCGAGGAUACGGGCGUCACGUGUUGGACAGGGCACCACCUGGUGCUGGCCACAGCCGCGGCAGCGCCGCUGCUGCUGCUCGUAUGCCUGGGAUUCCCCCUCUGGAUUCUGUAUAUCGCGAGGUCAUCGGGGUCGACACUGACAGACAGGUCAGUGGCCAAGACGCACGGAUUCCUGUACUGGUCGUACAACGACAGGAGGAAGUUCUGGGAGGCCUUUAUCCUGGCCCGGAAAGGCAUUCUGGCUGGCGUGUCCGUUUUCUCUUUCUCCCUCGGACCCGACGCCCAGGGCUUUCUCUCCCUGGCCAUUCUCUUCAGCGCAGGAGUCGGCCACGCGUUGGGCUGGCCAUUCGAAACCCACAACUCCCCACUCAACUUCAUGGAGAUGCUUUCCAUUGUAUCUUCCUUUUGGGUGUUCUUCGUGGGCGGUCUGUUCAGCAAUCCGAGCGUGGCGAAGUCGGAGACAGUCAAGGAGGCUCUUGCCGUCCUCCUGAUUGUGCAGGUGGUGUCGGUGUUCCUGUACAUCUUCGUGCGCUUGAUGAUUGAAGGCUUGAGGGAAGUCGUGGCGGGGGAGGGGAAGGGCUGGCUGUCUAGGAAGAUGCGCUCCGUGGCCGAGGUUGUUUUGAGAGCGCUCCUGAAAGUUAGCGCGGCGUUUCUUAGGCUCUCCAAAAGGAUAGGCACGAUUUUUGUCGUUUGCCCAACGAUAGAACCGAACUCGAUUCAGAAUCGCCGAUAG